AGCCACCCUCUGCUCGAGGGGAGCAGUGGCCUUCGGCGCGACCGGGGCGCGACCAGCGCGGGGCGCGGGGCGCGCGACCGUGGGGCGCCUGGAUGGCGACGGACGAGUCGCUGUACCGCGAGCUGAAGCGCUUCUGCCCCACGGCAUCGCUCACCACCUACGUGAAGAGCGGCAAGUGGCAGCGGGACCUGCUUGAGAUCGACCUGGAGCUCAUCAAGGCGCAUCGGAGGGAGGCAGGGGCGCCAGAGCCGCCAGAGCUCCCCGAGAACCUGCCAGAGCUCAAGGGUCGGACCAUCAAACCCUACGAGGCUGAUGCCGAAGAGGUCAAGGCCCCGCGCCCCCCCGAGCCCUGGAAGAACCAGGACCGGCCGCGAGUGCCGACCCCGCCCGCGGCACCGCCCGCGGACGAAAGGUCGCGCUUUGCCGUGAAGACGACGACGAUCAAAUCCACCACCAUCAAGAGGGUGAUGGCCCCCCUGGGUGCCAAGAUGGCCCCUGCUGCGAAGGCUCCGAGGCGGCCGGAGCGGAUUCCGACGCGCGAGCGAGAGCUCCGGGAGCCCCGGGAGCCGCAGCCGCGGGAGCUCCGGGAGCCGCGGGAGCCGCAGCCGCGGGAGCUCCGGGAGCCGCGGGAGCCGCAGCCGCGGGAGCUCCGGGAGCCGCGGGAGCCCCGGCAGCCUUCAGCUCCGCCCAUUGGGCGGAUGAAGCGGACGGAGAAGGAGGAGCAGGAGGAGGAGGGCCCCAGCAACGCCAUGGUGGACAACUUCAUCACCAGGUGGAAUCUCCACGAGACUCAAGCCAGGCUGCUAAUGACCCGCCUGACCCCAGCCAAGAAGCUCCAUCUCAUCAAAAACUUCCAGCACUCCUCGGAGAAGGGCCCUGUGAUGACGGCGCUGCGAGCGCAGGUGCAGGCCUUUCAGUCGCCGAGCGCCGUGAAGAAGCUCCCCUUCGCCGCCGCCCAGGCGCGCCGCGCCGCGGCGCCCUCUGCGCCGGGCUUGGCGGUGCGCGGCAGCGUGGGCACGCUGGGCGUUGCGAGGCCUGCCAGGCCGUCGUCUCCGGCCGCGCGGCCGCGGCCGCCCGCGGGGCCACCCCCGCGGCCCGGCAUGGCGCCGG